GGCUAGCCUAGGAAAGAAAAAGAUACUUGGAGCAUUGACCCAGAUCCCCGCUUCCUUGGGGAGUAAUAGGGACCUGGAAGGCUGAGCUGCCCCUGUCUUAACCUCCCUAUUCACCCACCCUUAGCCCCUCCUUAGCAUCCUUUCAUCCUCAAGCCCCUCUCUCCUGAUAGGACAGCUGCCCCCUUCUCCCCUCCCCUGCUGUCCUCAGCUUCAUGCGGUUUGCAGUGAUGCAUUGUGGGAAACUCCCAAGUUUUUCCCUCCCUCCCUCCUUCCUCUCUGCGGAACAUCCAGCUUCCAAGGUGUGACUUGUGCAAAGGGCCUGAGGAGAGAAGGGUCUAUAUCAUGUCCAGGUAAAAUCUAGUGCCUGAGGUGAGAAACAACCUGGGACAACACCAACAAGGAGUUAAGGGAUCUGUGUCCCUCAUCUGGUGAGGGAAGCGUUCUGAAACCUUCCCCAAGAGCCUGCUGGUGAAAUCACUUCCCCAUAACCCUAGUAGGGAUGGAGUCCAAAGGAAUCGCACGCAGUGGAGGCAAACCUGACGUCAAGGCCACCAGCACAGGGAAGCCAGAGAAACCCAAUCCUGGGCCUGCCACAAAUGCAGACAAGAAGGAGACCCCUUCCAAGGAGCAGCCUGCCCCUGCCCCCACCACCACUACAACGAAGAAGGCAACCAGCGAGGCUGCUGUGGCAAACAACCACAGCAAUCUGAAACCUAGCCCAGCAGCCACGGAGACGCCAGAGGCCACCAGCCAGUCCUCUGACUCUGAGCAUAAGGGAGACAGCACCGAGGAGUCCCCGGGCAGCGUCUUCGACAAUAUGAAGCCCUUGAUCGUCGUUGGAGGGGUGGCAGUGGCUGCUAUCGCUGUGAUUCUGGGUGUGGUGUUCCUAGCCCGGAAAAAAUGAAGACCGAGAAAGGGUUGGGGAGAGGAACCGUAUCAAUUGUACAGCUCCUUUUGAGAAAAAUGCAUGCAGUAAAUUCUAUACAUAUCUAUACUUAUAUCUAUAGAGAGAGAGCUAGAUAGGCAAUUACAACACCACCAACAACUCCAAAAGGCUUGCUCAAGACAGAUGUACCCAUUCAACCUAAGUGUGGGAUUACCAUGCACUCAAUGUGUUCUCUCAUGUAAUAGAAAUUGGCUUGUACCACUGUGUAUUGAUUACAGCUUCUCCUGAUCAGUGUAAAUGAUGGUGUCCCCUCCCUGCACCUGCUGCCCUCUCCAGAAGAGUCCCCACUUUCCCCAUUUUCAAGUCUACAUCCCAUACAGAGUCCUCACUUUAGUAUUUGUUUUUUGUUUUUUUCGGUAGAGUUGUGGUAGAGGAGAUGAUGAAAGGGAGGGGAACAGUACUGAGACCCAGUUCAUUCAUUAUUGUGGUAUAUUGUUAAUAUAGCACUCCAGGUGUGUGCUGGAUAAGAGGAGGCAGCCCCUUGCUCAGACAGCUUAAAGUGAUAUCUGAUGGGUACAUUGUGCAUCUAACGCUCAUCGACCUACCUUAAAAGAAAAACCAAGCAAAGUAACAAGAGUAUACCAUAGCCACAGGCUGAGAUCCCAACAGGAGAUAGAGGCUUGUAGAUCUCAUAGCAAGAAGGCACCCUUUCUCUAUCUGAGAUGCAAACCAGGGCCAGGAGCAGCUACCAUGAAGCUCAAGGGGCCAGUGUGAUCCACUAAGAUCUACAGUGUAGGCUGCAGUCCACAGAGACAACAUGCAAAGCUGGAAGCCCCACUCCUAUCUUUAGUCAUACAAAGGACAAUUUCAUGCCUUCAGCACCCCAACAAUUUGUCAACUCAUAGAAGGUUAUAAGGGCAAAGUUGGGCAGUCCCUCUCAAGAGAAUGAGGGAGGAGAUAUUGUUUAGGACACAGCAUUUGACAAACUUGAGCUGGCCUUAGUAGACCCUUAAGGACUUGCGCCAAAUCCCUCUGUAGUUAUUCAGAGUCUUUCCAUUAAUUUUGGUGGGUUUUGGAUCAGACCCUUUAUCCUGGGGCUUUUCCAAAAAAGGUUGACCUUUCCCCAUCAGUUAAGAAUGUAAAAGAAAAGGAAGACAACCAACACCUGGCUUUCAGGGCAAAUGGCACAAAAUACCAUGGCCUCUUUUAUGUCAGGAAAAUCAUGUGCCUGAGUAGUAAAAACAGAUUGGUUCUAGAAAAGAUUUUGCUCCUUUCUUUCUUAAAUUUACCAGGAAAAUAUGAGACAUCCAUUGUUUCAUUGUUUGAAAAUGGAAACAAUUUCCCAGUGAUCAGGUGCAGAACAGCUUGGUUUUGUCAUUGAGGACCCUGAAAUCUGAAAAUCAGAUAAGGAAGGGAGGGAUGAAGAAAGGGUGUUGAGAGAGAGAGAGGUGGCUUGAUUUAACACAUUCACUCAUGCCCUUCUUGUGACAUGGAGAGCACUGGCCAUACACCGUUAUUCUGAGGGUUGAGUGACCUUUUCAAAUCAACAGCAUCCAUGAGGACCCACAUUUCCUGCUGCUCUUGCCAGAAUCUGUAAAUGAUUU